CAUCACUCCCUCAACUCUCUAAUUAAUACUCUCUACUCUCUUGCUCUCCCUCCCUCCAUGGCCACCGAUCACAAAGCCCCGCCGCCGGGCAAGCCCGCCGCCCUCCACCUCCAACAACCAACCCACCAAGAAUCCGCCACCGCCCACGUCGCCGCCAGCCCGCUCCGCAAGAUCGCCGCCGUCGCCUCCAUCGCCGCCGGCAUCCAGUUCGGCUGGGCCCUCCAGCUCUCCCUCCUCACCCCGUACGUCCAGCUCCUCGGCAUCCCGCACUCCCUCGCCUCCUUAAUCUGGCUCUGCGGGCCCGUCUCCGGCAUGAUCGUCCAGCCCAUCGUCGGCUACCACAGCGACCGCUGCACCUCCCGCUUCGGCCGCCGCCGCCCCUUCAUCGCCGGCGGCACCGCCUGCGUCGCCGUCGCCGUCAUCCUCAUCGGCUACGCCGCCGACAUCGGCCACCACGCCGGCGACGACCUCACCAAAAAAUCCAAGCCCCGCGCCAUCGCCGUCUUCGUCGUCGGGUUCUGGAUCCUCGACGUCGCCAACAACAUGCUCCAAGGGCCAUGCCGCGCCCUGCUCGCCGAUCUCUCGGGGACCAGCCAGAAGAAGACGAGGGUCGCCAAUGCGUUCUUCUCGUUCUUCAUGGCCGUCGGCAACAUCCUGGGUUACGCCGCCGGCAGCUACAACCAUCUUUAUAAGAUCUUCUCGUUUACCAAAACGACGGCGUGUGAUGUCUACUGUGCCAAUCUCAAGGCCUGCUUUUUCAUCUCCAUCAGCCUGCUCUUCGUUUUGACCGUUUUAGCCCUCUGGUACGUGGAGGAGAAGCAGUGGUCGCCGGAGGCAGCGGCGGACGGGGAAGAGCCGUCGGUGUCGGAGCCGAUGUUCUGCGAGCUGUUCUCGGCGAUCAAGACGAUGAAGAGGCCGAUGUGCAUCCUGCUGCUGGUGACGUGUCUGAACUGGAUUGGGUGGUUCCCGUUCCUGCUGUACGACACCGACUGGAUGGGCCGGGAGGUGUACGGCGGGAGCUCGGACGGGAACCCGGAGCAGGUGAAGAUGUACGGGCACGGGGUGCGGGCCGGGGCGUUGGGCCUGCUUUUGAACUCGGUGGUGUUGGGCGUCAUGUCGCUCGGGGUCGAGUCGUUGGGCCGGUGGGUCGGCGGGGUGAAGAGGCUGUGGGGGAUAGUCAACUUUUUGCUGGCGAUCUGCCUGGCGUUGACCGUUUUGAUCAGUAAGUUGGCGGAGGCGGGUCGGGCGUCGUCGGAGCACCCGACUCCGCCGUCCACCGGGGUUUUGGCCGGGGCUUUGACUCUCUUCUCCGUCUUGGGUAUCCCGCUUGCGAUAACUUACAGCAUCCCGUUCGCUCUGGCUUCUAUCUUUUCUCAGACCACCGGUACCGGUCAAGGUUUGUCGCUGGGAGUUCUCAAUCUAUCCAUCGUUGUACCACAGAUGAUAGUGUCGGUGUUGAGUGGCCCAUGGGACGCGCUGUUUGGCGGAGGGAACUUACCGGCGUUCGUGGUCGGAGCGGUGGCGGCAGCAGCCAGUGGAAUACUCUCGCUCACUUUACUCCCAUCUCCACCGCCGGAUAUCCCGACGACCAAAACGACCCUCGCCGGCUUCCAUUAAAAACCCACCCUCUUCCUUUUGUGUAGCACAUAGUAUAUAUAUGGCCUUAAAGCUUUGAAUUUCUCCCAUUUUACUAUUAAAAAAGAAAGAAUGGAAAAAUGGUGAAGGAAAUUCCCUCCCUCAAAAAAAGGCCAUAUGUAUGCUAUAGUUUGUAAUAAAAAAGGUGAAGAAAACAUGGUGACUAAAAAAAAAAAAAAGAGUUUGUGGCCAUUAAUUUGUGGGUAUUUCAGGAAAUUAGUGGCUUUGCCUUCUGGGUUUGUUGUACAACAAUAUUGAACAUAUGCUCUAAAUUUAGAGAGCCAAUCAACUUUCAUAUAUAUAUAUAAGCAGAGUAUAAAACAGCCAUGUUUUUUAUAAAUAUUACCUUUUGUAUGCAAUUUGUAAUGGAGAGUGAGCUCUUUUUUUUUCCACCCCUUUCAUGUACCUGUAAUAAUGUUACUCAGUAAUGGAUAACUGAAGUCAAUUGAUCUUCAUGGUUGAAAGAUUUACUUCUUCUAGAGAGGGCAUUUGGUACUUUCACUUAAUUUCACAUUCUCAUUCUUCUUUUUCGAAUAAUUUUUUUCAUCAUAAUUUAAACUAACACGUAAUGAAUCAUAUUCUCUCUUAUUGUUAUUGGAGUCAAUUUUUUUACUGCCAUCAUAUUUGUGUCGCGUGUAAUUUGUCAUUGUUUUAUAAUAUAUUCAACUUGAUUUAUCGAAACAUUCAUCGCAAACAAUAUUUUUUUAAAAUUGCGCGAAAGUUAGAGGGCAUGUUUUGUAGCAUCAUCUUAGAAGACACUAUCUAGUGAUCAUUUGUAGUUUGGCAAAGUAGGGCAAAUUGGGCCAUAAACCAGUAGAAGAAAGAUCCUGAGCCGUUUGUUACAGCCAGGGCCCAAAGCCAUCCUCUCCAAGGCUAGCAGCGCAAUUUAGCCCAGGAUAAGCAAGUUAAGGACCAAACAGUAAUGAGUCCGGAAAAUAAAAUCUGUGAAAUUGAAAUGUUUAAUAAUAUACAUAUAUGGGUUAACUUGAUCAUGCAUGUUUAAUGUAAAUUCCAAAUCUACCAAACUAGCAUAACUCGUGAAAGUGAAUAUGAGAUGUGACGAUUUCUACUUCUUCGUUUUUGUUCUCAGAUUUAAAGUCGUUCAACACCUCAUGGGUUAUAUUCUAUUCUUGAAUAUACUAUGCAUCUUUUCACAGUCAAUCACAUUGGUCAGGGCACACCUCAUGGUAGAUCAUGCAGAAUUCAUCACAACUCACAAAAUAUUCAAGUCGUGUUCACUUAUCUACAUGGCAUAUAACUUGAUCAUAACGAUUGAUCAUAGAAACUUAAUUUAAAUAACAUAAUAUAAAAUACUACUUAAACGUCGACACAUUCCACUUAGUCACGCUAACAUGAUAAGUUCGUAAUCAGAUAUCGUAAAUUUAACGGUGAUUUCAGAUGCCACAAUUUUCCUACUUGUCUCUUAGUUUGGGGUUUAAAGACGUCGAGCAUCUGCAGGGCGACAUUUUUGAACGGGUUUCGCAGGUCGGCCGAGUUUCAAAUAACAAUUGUUCCGAACAAUGCACAGAAUCUAGUUAGCAGAGAAGAAAGCUCUACGACCCUUAUAUGCUCGGUGACCAUUUUAUAUAAUUAAUUAGCUCAACCAAUCUCACACGGAUUUUAGUGACGAGGAUUAAUCAAAUACAAUAGUCAAUAGUAAUUUUUUAUUUUGGUGAACACCUAGGGGCAGGUUACGGUACAAAACCAUGAGAUUUUGUAUUACUGGGAAACUUAAUUCAAUGGUUGUAAUUUGAAAAGAGAAGAUCUAAUAGUCUUACACUUUGUUUUCAUAACCGAACCGGACGAGUUGAACCAAAAAUGUCAGUGGUUUAGGGUUCAGUGGUUAAUCGUUGCAAAACUGUUGGUUAACCAUUGAUAAAACCGUUCAUGAUAUAUAAUAUACAAUACUUGUAUAAUACAUUAAUUUAAGAUAA